CGUGACUCUUUACAGUAAGUCCAACAUGGCAGACGGUGUGGAUCUUGCACGGUAACUAAAGCAACAUUUCAACUGAAACGGACAAAUUAAACACUACUCCGCCACAGGACAUCCACAAUGAGGGAGAGACAGAAGAAAAAAAAGGGGAGGACAUGGGCGGAAGCCGCUAAAACGGUUUUGGAAAAGUACCCUAAUACACCUAUGAGCCAUAAAGAGAUCUUGCAGGUGAUCCAAAGAGAAAGGCUUAAAGAAAUAAGAAGUGGAACCUCACCGCUGGCAUGUCUAAAUGCAAUGCUGCACACAAACUCUCGCGGUGAGGAGGGGAUCUUCUACAAAGUUCCAGGCAGAAUGGGAGUCUAUACAUUAAAGAAGGACAUCUCGGAUGUGGUGAAGGAGCUGUCAGAGGAGGGCUCUGAUGAAAGCAGUGAUAAUCUGUCUGACUCCCAAAGCUCAGAAAACAACAGCAGUGCCGUCACUCAGGAGGGGAGGAGAGGAAGGUGGAUGCGAAGAGUUCCCUCCAAGCUGCAGUCACAACCAUCGUCUCCACAGCCACGAUGCUCGUCACCUCCUGUCCCCACCAGUAAGCUCAUCUCCCCCUCACAGAAACACAGCAAGAAAGCUUUGAAACAGGCCUUGAAGCAACAGCAGCAGAGGAACCAGCGCAGACAGGGGGGAAUGCCAGCAGUCUCCAGCCCAAGACUGCUUCUGAAGACCAUCAAAGAUAUGGCUGAUAACAUUACAACUAAGACGGACUUAUGCCACCCAGUCGUACCUAGAAAGGUUGCCCAAAGGUCCAGUCGCCUCAAUGCAGGGCAGAUAAAACGCACCAAGUAUAAGAUCGACGUGGAAACACCAGACUCUAUUUUGGUUAACACCAAUUUGAGAGCAAUCAUCAACAAACACACGUUCUCUGUCCUGCCUCCAGAUUGCCAACAGAAGCUACUCAAACUCCUUCCUGAAGUUGACCGCCAGGCUUGCCUGGACGGCCUUCUGAAAGUCACUAGCUCUGCCUUAAACAAUGAGUUCUUCACAUCAGCGGCACAGUCUUGGAAGGAAAGACUCGCUGAGGGGGAAUUCACUCCUGAGUUGCAGCUCAGGAUGCGUCAGGAAAUUGAGAAGGAAAAGAAAGUUGAGCAGUGGAAGGAAGCCUUCUUUGAAAACUAUUACGGGGAAAAUUCAGGGCUCAGCUAUGAGGAAUCCAAAGAGCUGAUGAAGGCAGAUCUGAAUCUGGAAUCUCCCAGGGCCCAAUUACCCCCCCAUCAGACAAGACCUGUCACUCAAGCACUAGAGGACACCGAACACACCAAGAGCAGCAGCCAAACUGAUGCUGCUCCUAAAGACACGACAACUUCACAGACAUCUCAGGAACUUCCGAAGGCACACCCUCGUCAAAAAGAAGCCGUCUCCAUCACAGAGCCCAUGAAGACGAGGCGCUCAUAUUAUGCUGAGGAUCGCAAGUUGAACACAGCUGCACAGUCUGGGCCUGCUUCUGCAGCGAGAACACCAGAGGUUGAAAAACAGACUGAACAGGGUUCAGCGUGUGCACCUCCUGAAAGGGAGCAUAAGGAGGAUGCAAAAGAAGAGAAAGCUGAACUCCCUCUGUCGCCUGUUAAGAAAAUCCCUCCACUGAAGGCUACUUCAGAGUUAAAAGAGGAUCCGUCUGUGUCCGAAGUGAAGACUGCUGUAGAGAGUGAAGACAUUACCUCUGAGUCCAGUGGCCCCACUGAGCCUCUGAAGAGGAAAUCUCUAAGUGAAACUGAGGGUGAAUUGACACCAGAGAAAAGAUCUCGUUUGUCUUCGGUUUCCUCAGUGUCUUCAGUGUCCUCUGCAUCUCCCUCAGCAUCAUCCAUAUCCAGCCCUGCUACACCAUCUCCAACAAAUCAGAGGGUUCCACCACUAAAGAUCCCUGUGUCAAGAAUUCUGACGGUGCCUGUGUCACCUAACCAAGUCUCACCAAGGACUCCACUCCCUGCUCCACUUAGCAGUCCAGGUCGUACUGGUGCUCGCACUUUGGCCGACAUUAAAGCCAAAGCUCAGCUUGCCCGAGCACAGCGAGCAGCAGCAGCUGCAGUAUCAUCUGCAUUAAAGGGAGCAGUGUCAAGCACAGGACCAGGAGGAGGUAGCAGUGAGCAAAGGCAGCCAUCUCCCAGCCUCAGCCCCAGCCCAACAUCCCCACAGGCAUCAUUCAGGUUACCAGCCACCAGCAGUAAUAACAGUCAGCCCAGUACGCCUUCUCCUUGUCCAGUAGACUCUUUUGGUCAGCUUAGCCCACACCAGUCUCAGAUAUGUUACACAGGCAAUACUGAUGACAAACUCAAAGGUCAUUCUGCUGGUACUUUCACUGCAGCUUCCCAUAACUUCCAAAAGGGUUUGAACGCAUCAAGACAGCCUUCUUCCUCACAUUUUAUGAAGGAGCAGGAAACUCCAACAAGUGUUGGGCCAUUGACCAGAUCCAGUUCUUGCAUCCCUGCAAACAACCCACUGGUGACACAACUUCUGCAGGGCAAAGAAGUUCCUUUGGACCAGAUCCUCCCAAAGCCUCUGUCAAAGGUGGAAGUAAAGAUAUCUAAUGUACCUUCUGGUAGUAAAGUUAAGACAUAUUCAGCUGAGCAUAGGGCUGAUAAGCAGAUGUUACAGCAGUUCAAUACAACGGGACAAGCUGUAGGUUUCUCAGAAUACACAAAACAUCACAGGGAGCUUCCAGACAAGGAGACUCAGGAGCAGAUCCUACAGGCCCUGAUGCAGAGGAAAGGCCAACCGAGCCAGUCUUAUGGAAGUAUGGGGCCUCAGCCGGCUCAGUACAAGGUUCAUCAAAUGAUUCACACAGAGGAACGUCGGGACCAGUCAAGGAUUUCGGUAAGCUUUUUGGGGCGAAAGAGAAUUCCCAGGCCUGCCAUGACAGGACAUUACCUGCUCAAUGUUUCCACAUAUGGCAGAGGACCAGAGAGCAAGAGAUUACAAGUGUCAGUCAUCCCAAACAAGUCUGUUUCUAGUUUAAAAAGGGAAAGCACAGAAGGAGAGGAGGUGGCUAAGGAAGAAGAACUAUCCAAGAACGUUCCCUUGUCUGUUUCUAGGGUAAAAACAGAGCAGCAAGGAUAUUCAAUAACCAAUUCUGAUGACAUCACAAGUUUUCAGCACUGCUCCAGCAUCAAGACUGAGCCUGGCUCAGAGGACAAUGCAGGUGGUGGUGAUAACAUCAGCACCAGUGCAAAAGCCAAAGACGCCAGCCCUUUUUCUCAAUCACACCAACAGCACCUCGAACUCCGCAAUACUAAACAAGGAAACUCCGAGCCAUAUCUUACCCACACGGAGCCCAUUCACCAGCGGCCGACUGCCUUUCAAACCCAGAGAACAUUUGAUAAUCAGGAACCAGUGGUAGCGUCAUGCUACGGUGGCACAAUCAGCAUGUCUGUACCUCACACCAUGAACCACAACACUGCAAGCACCACCCCUUCCAUCUCCUCUACGGAGGCCGACAGCAGGGGCAUCCAUGGGAGUGUGAUGUCUUUCUCGGUGACCGUCACCACCAUACCUGCCAGUCACUCGUUAGAUCACGGCAACCAGGGUGAGCCCUCACCAGAUCAGUCAUUCAUUGAGGGCUCCAACAUAGAGGACGUCCAGUCUAAAUGCUACUGUCGACUGAAGGCCAUGAUUAUGUGCAAAGGGUGUGGAGCCUUCUGCCAUGAUGACUGUAUCGGCCCCUCGAAACUGUGCGUCUCAUGUUUAGUGGUACGAUGAUAUGAAAUUAAUAAUAACUAAAGGAAAAUAUAAUCAUUAAAUUUUUGUUGAGGCACAAAUUAGCAGCAGGUUUUUCUAGAAACCACAGAAUGAUGUGAAGCUUAUUCAUAUCAUUCUUCAUUUAAAAAAAAAAAAAACACAGCCAGCAUCUGGCUGCUGCUGGAAAAACCAAUAAUUUACACUGGAUGGUCCUGUGUUUUUACCAACAUCUAAAAAAGUAGUUGGGUGCAGGUGUAUAGAAAUGCCAAUCCAUUUUCAAUCAGUGUAGUUUUCUGUCAGAUAUGUUGGAAAUCUAAAAAUCUGUCAAUGUUUGCACUCAGCUAGAUUAGUGUAAUAUAUUUUUUUAAAUGUGUGUGUGUAGUUUUUAAAGAAAAAAAAGGAGGGAACUGAAUGUUAUUUUUUUAGGACUUAAUGACUGUUGUGCUUUUAGAUGGGACUUUUUAUUAUUGGGUCUAAUAAUUUGUGGUCUAAAAGCAGAAAGAAGGGCGAUAAUGAUAAUCAUGGGUUGUAGAUGACCUCCUGUUUGGCAUUUAUGCACAUAUGGCAGGGAAGUGCAACUAACAGGAACUAUUUUUUAUUUAACUUUAUUAAACAUUUAUUACUGAACACACUCAGAUUUAAAAAAUUAAAAAGGAUGUGUAUAGUUUUAGUAAGAAAAAUCAAAAUGAUUUUGAAUAAUUAUAUAUGUAUAUAACAAUCAGGCUGUGAGGAUUGCACUUCACUCCAUCACAGUUACAGGGCGAAGCACUUGAAAGCCACCUGGAUUUUAGAGUAAUAACUGUACAGCACUUCAAAUCAAACAAGGAAAAAGAAAAAUCAUUUGUAUAUGUAAUGCUGACAUCUUUCUCUCGACUAAUGGAUCUUUUCCGUAUCGAGUGAAGGUCUGAAGUCACCUCCAACUGUUUUAAACCUGCAUUUUCUCCCCAAAAUACUGUUGUGUAGAUAAAGUGUUCCUUGAAAUGUUUCUAUGUCUGUAUAGAUGUAUCAUCAGUGGCAAAUGGUAAAAAAAACAAACACUCAAGCCAAGGGAAGAAAAUGGAGACAGUUUUAUUUGUAAAUACUCGCUCCUUUAUGGUAUUUGCCUAGAUGUAGGAAUCUGUUAUUUUAUUUAGCACACCUCGCUUGACCAUAUCUGGCUUUUUAUUGCAAAAUGAUUUUUGUAGAGAAACGAUAAAAUUAAUUUAAAGAACGAUAAAUUAUGCUAAAACUAAAUGUUUUAUGAAAUGCAUACCUUUUAUGAAAAUGAUCUGGAGAUAUAGUGUGUCACAGAUUGAUUGGUGAGUGUAAUGCUUCACUAUAACAUGGCCUUCUUCCAGGAAAUUAGGAGUAAUUCUCCAGAAUUUGGCUUAUUAUAUAUUUUGUCAAUAAUGUGGGAGGAAGUAGUCUAUGUCCAAAAUAAUGCACUAUAAUGUGCAUAUUUGAUGAAGUGCACAUUUAUUAAAUUAAUACUGUGUUAAACUUUGUAGCACAUUAUGAAGUGAUCAGUGCUCACUUUACCCUUUGUUAUCAAUUUAAACAGGCCAAUGUGAAGAUUUUGUUUUUAAUGAAAACAUAAAAUAUAUUUUGGACUCUUCAGGAUGUGUAAAAUAAUCCUGUUUUUAUAGCAAUUUUUUCCAACAUCAUAUGCCAAAGUCACCUUAAUGAGGACAAAAAUAAUCUGAAUUUGUUUCUAAUGUCUGAAUGAUUAAAGUAAUAUAUUUUAAUUAAUAUAUUUUAAUAUUAAAUAUCUAUUACCUAUUUUUUUUUCUUUUUUUUUUUUGACAAAUCAACAGGGUUUUUACUAUAAUAAUAUAUUAGCUGGCCGUUUUUUCCUAUAAUUUUGUUUAGACGGGACAGACCACCGUACUUAAUAACUUGACUUUGUAUUUUAAAUUGCCCACGUAUAUCUGAUCAUGUGUAUGACCCAGACCAGGGCUACUCAGUUUGGUCCUAGAAGGGGUGCAAUCCACAGGUUUUCCAGGUAUUCCUGCUUCAACACACCUAAAUCAAAUUAAAUGGAUCUAACAGCCAAUCACAAUGACUCAUUAAUUUGCGUCAGGUGUGCUGAAGCAGGGAUGCAUGAAAAACUUGGAUUGCAGCCUUCGUAGGACCGAAAUUGAGCAGCCCUGACCCAGACCUUGCAGACUGGUUUUUAUUAUACCAUGAAAAUUUUGUCUUUUAGCUGUCUGCAUUUGUAUCACAACUUUAUACUAACAAAAUGAUGUUUUGAACAAUUUAAUUGCUCCGUUAUUCAUUGUACUUCUUUUUUUUUCCAGUUAAUGUGGAAGUUGUAUUCUCUUGAAUCGUAAAAUUGAUUUAAGAGUGUAGUUCUAGAAAGGAAGGGUUUCCACAUGCUAAGCAGAGAGAUUUCAUUAAAGCUAAUUUUCUGGUAUAUGAUUUGAUUUACAGAAUUUAGAUUUAUUCCAUGUGAGAAUAGGUCUCAUUUGGCUAAAUGUGAUGUGAGUACGCCAUAUUUACUCAUGUAAAGUCGGGGACUGGAUUGCAACGCUAGAAAAUCACAAGCACUCAAUCACAACCUUGAAGGCAGCUGAAAUCUGUUAAUGAGGACUGAAGCACAAGUCACGCAGCAGUCCCCCCUGCUAUUACAGAAGUUCUCUGUUUGUAUGCAUUUAUGAGAGUGGUUAAUCUAGAUUUGACCAGGAAGGUGUUAUGGGCAAUUGCCACAAUUUUUAAAAAAUGUCACAUUUGGCACUAGUUUGAUUUGUUCAUUGUGUCUCAUUUUGUCUUCAUCUAAACUCUGGUGAAUGUAAUAUAGUAAUCUGCACAUGUAAACAAAAUGUAUUUUAUCAGAAGCUAUAGAAUAUGAAUAAAUAAUUU